AUGGGCGCAGUGGCGGUCGCCCGGGCCUGGCCCGCCGGCUCCUGGGCCUUCGACGGGCGCAAGGUCAUGUACGCGCCCGUGACCAGCCUCGUCCCCGCAGAGGGCCUGCGCCUGGAGGUGGAGGCCGCGCCGGCGGGCGAGGACAAGCCGCGGCGUCUGGCGGUGGUCAUCCGCCGCGCGGCCAUCGUGUCUGUCGCGGCGCUGCACCGCUUCAUCUCCGGCCAGCGCGACGAGGAGGAGUACGCCUACCACGCGCUGCAGUGCCUGGACAUCGUGCUGAAGCACCGCAUGGCCAUGGCCGAUCGGUCGCUGCCCGUGGCGCGCGGCGUGUUCUUCCGCGGCCCCGGCACGCGCUCGCUGGGCGGCGGCGCGGAGGUCUGGCUGGGCUACCAGCAGUCCCUGCGUCCCUGCCAGACCGGGCUGGCCCUGAACGUGGACAUGGCCGCCACCGCGGUGCUGGAGGAGAAGCCGCUGCUGGAGCUGGUGGCCGACAAGGUGGUGACCAGCCACACAGGCAUGACCAAGGCCAUCCGCCACCUGUCCCGGGGCAGCCCCUUCCAGGAGACCUUUGAGCGGGAGGGACGCCAGGUCAGCGUCGCCGACUACCUGGAGGCCCAGUACGGCGUGCGCCUGACCAACCGCGACAUGCCCUGCGUCGCCGUCGGCAACGGCACCGUGCUGCUGCCCAUGGAGCUGUGCCGCGUGGCACCGCGCCAGCGCCUGAUGCGCCUGGACGAGGCGCAGACGUCGGAGAUCAUCAAGAUUGCGGCCCAGCGCCCGGGCGACCGCCUGGCCGCCAUCGACCACGCCGUCAACCGCCAGGCCGCCUUCCCGGACGACCCCACUGCCCGCGCCUUCGGCCUGUCCAUCUCCUCGCGUACCGUGGAGGUGGGCGCACGCGUGCUGCCCAACCCCAUGCUCGCUUAUGGCUCGCCCGGCCGCUACGACCCCAAGGGCGGCGGCUCCUGGAACCUGCGCGACGUGCGAUUCCUCAAUGGCUCCAGCCUGCCCUCCUGGGCCGUAGUCUGCUUCGCCAACCAGCGCUUCGCGGCCGAAGAUCUGGAGGCGGCGCGCGGCCAGCACGGGCCCACCUUCAUGGCCGAGUUCGUGGACAUGCUGAACAAGUGCGGCGUGACCACGCCCCGCGAGUUCCCCCCCGUCGUCUACCCCGACCGCAACGCGACCGUCUACUCGGCGGUGACGGAGGCCAAGGCCAGGGCCCAGGCCGCCUUUGGCGCCCCCGCCGCGCUGGUCCUGGUUGUCCUGCCGGACACAGGUGCUGCGCUGUACCGCGAGGUGAAGCAGGCCAGCGACAGCAUGCUGGGCCUGCCCACGCAGUGCAUUGUGUCGCGCAAGGCGGGCAUUGGCUGCCCCGCGCGCGGGCGCCCCCAGUACUGCGCCAACGUGGCCAUGAAGGUGAACGCCAAGCUGGGUGGCUGCAACACGCGCCUGGGCGACGUGGAGCGCCUCCCCGUCCUGGGCGCGCGCCGGCCCUUCAUGAUCCUGGGCGCCGACGUGACGCACCCGCGCCCCGGCGAGGGCGGCCCCUCCAUCGCCGCGGUGGUGGGCAGCAUGGACGCCACCGCCACGCGCUACGCGGCGCGCGUGACCAUGCAGCGCGGCGGCCAGGAGAUCGUGGCCGAGCUCAAGGCCAUGGUCAAGAGCCUGUUGCUGGAGUUUUACGGCGCGACGCGCGGCAUGCGCCCCGAGUCGCUGCUCUUCUACCGCGAUGGCGUGUCGGAGAGCCAGUUUCUAGGAGGCACGGUGGUGGACAACGACAUCGCCCACCCCCACGACUUCUCCUUCUACCUCAACUCCCACUCUGGCAUCCAGGGGACCUCCAAGCCGGCUCACUACUCGGUGCUGGUGGACGAGAACAAGUUUGGCGCGGACGGCAUGCAGCUGCUCACCUACCACCUCUGCUACCUCUUCUGCCGCUGCACCCGCUCCAUCAGUGUCUGCCCGCCUGCGCAGUAUGCGCACCUGGCCGCCUUCAGGGGCAGGCUCAUGCUGCGCGGGGAGGGCGGCUCCGACACCGCCAGCUCCGCCUCGGGCGGGGGCGGCGGCACCGUCGAGUUCAUGUCCAUCAACCCCCGCCUCCAGAAGGCCAUGUUCUAUGUCUGA